GGACCGUCCUAUAGCAAGACCGCCAACAGUUUGGACGACAUCAACUAAUAAAAUUUCAGAAUUUCUAAAACUAAUGCCUCGCAGUUCGUACGACCAACUACAAUCGUCUUGCAAAUCAUUAUUUCCGAAAGACAAAUAACAUUCACAGAAAAAACAUGAUUAUCCAAUAAUAUCUAUUAUCGCGAAUUACUCUCCACUAGCUUCAUCCACCGUUGGAUCACCAAUCUCCUCAAGACCACUUUCAUGGUUCACAUGCCAACUUCUCACAUUCAUUUUCUCCAAUUUUCCACUUUCAUAUGUGUUGCUUAGCUUCCAUGUUGCUUAAUCACCCCAAAUAUAUGCAUUAGCAUCCAAUAACGAAACCUUUCUAUGAUUCUCUCUAUCUCUCAUUUUCGGCCAACUUGGCCAUGGGACCAUUUGUAUAUAUAAAACCCUACCCACGGAAGCACUUUUGUAUGCCCAUGCAAAAUUAUCACCAAUGUCCCACAAUCCGACGAACUUUGCCAACCUGUAGAAUUUGCAACAUUAUUCAAAAGCGCACACUACAUCCAAAAAUCCACCAUAUAUAUGCGUGUAAAUAAGUUCCAAGGUGCCGCUUAUUGUUAGGUGUUAUUUAAACGAUUCAAAUUCGGUACUUUUAAGUUGAAUAUCAAUGAAACUAUGAUAGUAUUACUGACAUACAUGAAUAUGCAAAUUCAUGUUGAAUACAAAGGGAUACUUACCACUUUUCAAGUGUAAGGAGAUUUGAAUUGAUAAACUAGCGGUGUUUUAAUUAUCUCAAUUCGAAACUGAUCCUAAGGACUGAAUAGGUUUACUAACACCGAUGAGCUAGCAAUUGGUCCCCAUUGUUCCUAUGUAUGCUUUUUUAGCCACAACCCAUAAGUAGUGCAUAUGGUCCAUUCACUGUAGUGACUUAUUUGCUGUCUUGCAUGUUAAAAAUACACAUAUUUGUUCCUGUCAUAAUAAAAAUGAUAAUAGAGUUAAAAGAAGCCUUGAAAGUAAGUCCAAAUUUCCAACUCAACAAUAUGUCAUAUAAAUUAACCUUGUGCAAAAGGGAUUCCUCUCUAUAUAUAUUUGCCCCUACCCACAGCUCUAGUGUCACAUGCAUUAUAUAUUUCAUAUUCUCAAAAACCUUAUCAACAUAUCCUUGCCAUUUUGUGAAAGCAAAAAAGAAUGAAGCUCUUCCUGGUUCUUCUCAUCUCCAUCAUCCUCUUCUUUCUCCAGGCAUUUGAGGGGUUGGGGGAUUCAGCUCCAAGGAGCAAUGAUGCUACUGCUGCUGCUACUCUUUCUUCACCAACAUUAGUUGGUAAUAAAAACAUUAGUGAUGUUAUAUCCAUUGAUAAGAAACACCACCAUCACCAUCCUACCAAGAAGGUCAUGAUAAAUUGUGGGGUGGAGUGCAAGAGAAGGUGCAAGGAAACGUCGAGGCAGAAGGUGUGCCACAGAGCCUGCAAGGCAUGUUGCCAGAAGUGCCAUUGUGUUCCUCCUGGAGUUUACGGCCACAAGCAUGUCUGCCCUUGCUACGCCAAGCUCAAAACCCAUGGUGGCAAGCCCAAAUGCCCCUAGUUUGGACAAGUACUACUACUUCGUUGCAUCGAACUGAUCGGUCGGUCGUCUAGUUAUCGGUAUCUGAUAAUUGUAACCAAUAUCAAUUGGUUGAUCUCUACUUAAUACGAAGAAUAAUGACGAUGAGAAUAAAAUGGUCUUUCUGGCUGGAAAUUUCGAAGUAGCUCUCCUAUCUGUAACUAUGACUCAAUUGCAUAUUGUUGAGAAUGGUUCAAUAGAGUCAUCGUCAUCAUCAUCCUACCAACCAAGUACCAAAACCUUUUUGAAUGACGACUAAUUCAUCACACUUCUUUAAACAAAGGAAAAGUUUGCUUUCAUUUACAUAGAAUUCUCUUGUCUCAUCAAAACCAUAUCAUUUUGAUUAACAACAUAUUGUUAUACCUCAAUCGUGAGGCAUGAUCGUCACAAAUUGAUUAGAAGGAUCAUACAAACUGGGUCCUGAUCUUUACCCAUUUCAACCAACACUCAUCCAGUUUCAACUUAUCAAAUUUUGUUGUAAACUUUGUAUCCAUAUGUUGAAAAUAAAAGUUGGAUUUAAACGGAACCAUAUUAAAAUUCACAAUCGACUUAACUAACAAAAGUAAAUGAAGCAAACUCUAGAUUGAAUGAACUUUCGCUUUACUCUAUGGAUACGUCGAUUGACAACCUCAAGACCUCCUGAAAUUUUAAUAUCAAAGUCUAAAGAAAACAUGACGCAAACACAAAUACACAUAAAUAUGAAGCCACUAGCCCACUACUAACCACAUCCUGCACCAAAGUGUCCUUGGAGUUCAUGGAGAAAAAACAUAAUUAGUGUCUAUUGCCUUUGAUGACAAUCCUGGGUAAUUUAAUUCAAAAUGGAUGAAAUCAUUGAAAUGUCAUCUAGAUAGAUGAUUUUAAAGAAAAAUUAUGUGUGUUUUUGUCUGUCUAGCAUUAAAGUUAUCAAAUAUGA